AUGGAGUCCAGCAAGACCCCCGUCAAGCUCGCUCGUGUCCUCAAGGUCCUCGGCCGCACCGGCUCGCGUGGUGGUGUCACCCAGGUCCGCGUCGAGUUCAUGGACGACACUUCGCGCUCCAUCAUCCGCAACGUCAAGGGCCCCGUCCGCGUCAACGACAUCCUCGCUCUCCUCGAGUCGGAGCGUGAGGCCCGCCGCCUCCGUUAA